CCCAUUUUUUGUGUCAGUUCGAAUUGUGAAAUGACGGUUGUAAAAGAGUUAUAGUAAUUAUGUUAUAGAAUUUAUUUGUUGGUGCGGUCGACGCAUGCGUGUGAUUUGUGUUGCCACCUCUAGCUUGGCAUUGGGUUAUAGAUUUCAGACGUGAAAUGCGCUCCUCCGGAUUCCUGAGUGACUUCCACAUUCCGCACCUGGCGGCGGGAGCGACCCAGAGCGUUCCCAUGGCCAGAGCCCGUAACGAAUCUCCGCCAGCGCCGGAGGUCAUGAGCGGAAAUCGCCUGGUGGCACCGGGUAAACAAUCUGGGGGCAACGGCAGCUCGGAUCCCGGUUCCAUGAGACCCCUGAAACGGAAGGCAGAGCAGACGGAGGUGGACUCGGAGCUGACCUUGUUUCCCGGACGGGACGAGAGCUAUCCGGAGGAGCUGAACCGGCUGAUUGGGCCGCUGAACUGCGAGCUGUGCAAGGUGCAGAUGACCUCGAGGAAGUGCGCCCGGGAUCACUACGAGUCCAAGGCCCACGACCGCCACAUCAGCGCCUGGCUGGCCAAGAACUACACGGAGGCGGGUCUGCAGGCGCCUCCAGUCAAGCGGCUGUCCAAGCAGGGACCAACCGGCCCCAGCGCCUUCCACUGCGACCUCUGCGAUCUGGAUCUCACCUCCUCCAUGCACGCCCGCCAGCACUAUCUGGGGCGGAAGCACAAGCUGGUGGAGCAGCGCAUCUCGAAGCCUUCGGGAUCGGGGCACUACGACUCGGCCGGAAGGUGGGUGCGAACAGGCAGCAGGUUUGAGGGGGAAGGAGCGGCACACCCUUCCGACGGACGCCAUGGCAUCGGGGGGCUGUUCCUCAAACCGGAGGGGGGCUCAGUCGGACAGGAUUUCCCCAUGGAGGACGUGCCGCCUCAGGGGAGCCCCAUCAAAUCGGAGGACAAGGAGCGCACAUGCAGCUUAUGCAAAAUAGUGGUCACAUCUGCUCCCCAAAUGCAGGUUCACUUGGCCGGCGCCAGGCACCAGAGGAACAUGCGCUCAUCCGCUGGCCCGGAUCAGAGCGGAGGAGAUGUGGGCCUUCCGGAGGCACCACCACCACCGGCACCCGAGAAGCUGGACGCCGCGGAACUGGCCAUGUACCGUACUCCAAUUGGGCAGUACUACUGCAAGCCCUGCAACAUGAUGAUGAACCAUGCCACCACCUUGCAGCAGCACCUCAUCGGAAAGAAGCACCUGAAGUCGGUGAAAGCCCUUCCUCACACCGAUAAGACUAUCUAGGGAAUUUCUCUAGAUGAUUUUACUUAAAUGAUUGUGCUAAAAAUCACUUAAUUAUAACUUUCUUUGUUUAAGAACUUACUCUAUAUUGAUAAAAACAAGUUCAAUAAUAUGGAAAUCAUUUCUAAUUUACAAUAAAAUAAA